AUGCUAGCGCCAUCAGUUCCCCCAGGUUUUCGUCAUCUACCUAAUGUAGUGGCUCGUGAGGUGUUUGAGGAAAUGCAGUUAUACAUGAACUGUGUUGAUCCAGAAGAGAGGCGAAUUAGGGAAUUUCGUAUGAAAAAAGUUUUGUCAGACCUAUCUAAAGAUCCAAUCGCCCAAAGAUCUUGUCUUAGACUGGAGAGUCAACCAGUUAUAUCCACAGCUCUCAAUACUAAUGUGGAUAGAGUUUUUGACUUCAGACUCGCAGAGCAUCACAGAGAACUUAACGAGACUGAGAACAUCAAGAAUGCCAGUUCUUCUCAUGGGGGACAUAAAAUGCCAGAGAACCCUCUUGUGAUCCAAGAAGAAGCUUCGGUCUCUGAUAGCAGGAGCGGACAGAAAGUUGGGAAACGCAAACAAGCAUCAUGGACUAGGAGACAACAUAAGCACAAUGAGAAGAAAUCAGUUGCUGAAAUGGCUGAAAAGAAGACUGAUCUCAAUGACGGGGAUAGAAACAUUAAAAGAAAGGCGGCAGAAUAUGGAGAGGUGUCUUCUAAGACUUACAAACAGGCUGACGGUUUGAUGGUUCACCAGAAACCAUCCACGUCUCCAUGA